AUGGCUGGUGCCUCCGAGCCCGCCGACCAGCUCGAGCAGGACCAGGCGCAGAGCAUGGAUCUCCCUACACCCACUCAGCAUGGAAUGGUCGCCGGUGCGGACGAGACCACGAUCGCAAAUGGUUACAGCAGCGACUCCCGCGCCCACUAUUCUUCCCACGACUUCCAGUCCCCCGCCCGAGAUUACCACUCGCAAGACGGCGAAGCCCCUCGAUCGAACUAUCCCUCGCAAUUGCCUUCCUCUUCAAGGCCCAGCUCCGGCCACUCCAACCAUCCAGACCGUCUCGUAUCGCAACCGUCACAGGAUGUCAGCCACAAGCAAACAUCGUCGCAAGCGAAGAACAGUGUGGUGAUUAAGGUGGGGAUGGUUGGGGAUGCUCAGAUUGGAAAGACGAGUCUUAUGGUGAAAUAUGUCGAAGGCAGCUGGGAUGAGGAUUACAUUCAGACUUUGGGUGUCAACUUCAUGGAGAAGACCAUCUCGAUCCGGAAUACGGAGAUCACAUUCUCGAUUUGGGAUCUUGGUGGCCAGCGCGAGUUUGUCAACAUGCUGCCUCUCGUCUGUAAUGACGCAGUGGCGAUUCUGUUCAUGUUUGACCUCACGCGCAAGAGCACCCUGAACUCAAUCAAGGAGUGGUAUCGCCAAGGUCGUGGAUUCAACAAGACUGCCAUUCCCUUUUUGAUUGGCACCAAGUAUGACCACUUUGUCAACUUUCCCCGGGAGGACCAGGAAGAAAUUUCCAUUCAGGCCAAGCGCUUCGCCAAGGCCAUGAAAGCCAGCCUGAUCUUCAGUAGCACCAGCCAUAGCAUCAAUGUCCAGAAGAUCUUCAAGAUCGUCCUCGCCAAAGCUUUUGACCUGAAGUGUACCAUCCCUGAAAUCGAAAACAUUGGCGAGCCUCUGUUGUUGUACAAAAAUGUUUGA